AUGUUCGGCGCGACGAAAUCCGACACGUACAGCGUUAAAGUAUCAACGGACCAACACGUAAAUCUGGUCGACGGCAGAUUCUUAAGUUUCACAGUCGACCCGAAGUAUAUCUUCAAUAGCGGCGAGUAUGAUCGCAAACACUGUGUAUGCAUGGCGUCUUCCUUGACGCCGGCUUAUCUGCGCAUAUCUGGUCCGUCCACCGCCCGGAUGGCCAUCGAAAAUACGACAGUAUACCUGGACGUUCCAUCACCCGCACAUGAAGACUCUUCUGAGUUUGCACUAUCGCUGUUGACCAGGCGGAAGGUACGGAGAUUGUCUAUGACCAGCAAGCAAUGGGAGAAGUUCGUCUAUUGGGCGAAGAAGACAGGCUUUGACCUGGUGUUCGCUCUGAACAACGAAGCGAAGACGGCUUCUGGGAUGUGGGACCCUAACGCCGCCCUGCAGACCCUGACCCUAGCGGAGAGGGCUGCUGUCGGUGACAUCGUGUGGCAGCUAGGCUACGAAUGCAGGAACCAGUCGAUCGAGGAGUAUUUGAAUGACCUUGAAACUCUCCGCGUGGUCGUCGAAACGUUUCCGGCCGGCAGGACCUCGUCUUGGAAGGUGGUAGGGGGUGACGUCACGGCGUGCCUACAGGCCGACUCGAAGAGCGACUUCAAGGAUUACGUCACGCUAUCAGAUGAAAUGAUGGACGCGAUAUUCCUUAACGGGAACUCCUCUGCUCAGCAGCUAGAGAGGAUGUCGGAAGGCGAUCGGCUGAGGCUUUUGAGGCUGUUAAGCAGCAGCGAUACGCCACUUUGGCUCACCGAGAAGACCCAGAGCCAGUACAACGAGAUGGAGAGGGCGGCAGAUUGGCUGGCCAGUCUUGGUUACUCCGCGAGGAACGGAUUCUCAGUACACUUUCGGGAGCUCUCUGAGGAAGAGCUCCAGGAGCCGACGCUGAGUUUCUACAUGGCGUUGUUAUUCAAGAACCUGGUAGGGGAGCGAGUGCUGGAUGUAGAUAUGACCGCCUCCCGGGCGACACUGUUCGCGCACUGUGCAUCGCUGCGUCACAGGCCCGUGCCCGGCGCGGUGACCCUUUACGGGGCGAACAUGGACGACGAGCCAGCGAGGUUCUCGCUUAAGCUGUCCAAGAAGGAAGAGGGUGGCGACAUCAUGCAGUUCAUAUUUGGACGUGACGGUAGUGGAAACAUAAUCGUUAACGGGAGGCCGAUGUAUUUAGAAGGAGAUAUUCGGCCCGUAGUGAAACGUGUUCGACCGUACAAAACGCUCCUGCUCAAUCUGCCGCCCAAGUCUUUUGGCUUUUGGGUCCUAGCCAAUACUCAGGUCGAAGCCUGCCAUUACAGAGAUGAGACUAGUAAAAAAACAGAGCUAAUUGAAGCAACACCCCUUGAAGUGGAGAAUAUGGAAGAGUUAAACGUUAAAACGAGACGAUCAGCUGUAAGAAAACGUGAUGUUACGGGUGUAGAACAAUCUCUUGAUAAUUUUGAUGCAGACAAUGCAGAUUUCUAUUCUGACAUUGAAUCUGGUAUGACAGGUAAAAACGCCAAGCUACGCAAACAAAUUGAAAGUUUAAAUGAUGAGUUACAAAGCUUCCACGAACUCUUGACUACCAGGAAAAAUGAACGGAAAGAUGAAUUCCCAAUGAGAUUCAAACGACAGGCAUUCGAUAGAGAAGAUGGCAAGUUAUCGAAGUCAAACGGCUUGAAAUCUAGGUUCUCUAAAAUAAUUCACGAGAAGGAUUUCAAAUCUAAUUUAUUAGAUAAAUUGUUGCAAUUCAAGAAUGAUAAGUUGUCAAAAUUGGGGAAGGGGAAGGUAAGAUACACAAAAAAGGGUGUCAAGCGCUCCAACAACAAAGCUUGUUCUGACGAAUAUUUCGACAACGAAGUAGAAAAGUCCACCAGGAAACGUCGAAGUAUUGAAAGAGAGAGAACUAUGACCAAUUUGGAUCCUAAUAUAAGAAUUAAACAAGUUAGACGUAAUAAAGUGUACGCAGAGACUUCUGAAAAUGAAGUCGAUAAUGGAGAAGACGAUUUCGUUGCUGGAAAUGUUCUUAAUAAGUUGAAGGGCACUUUACGACAUUUUCCCGUAGAAAUAGAAGAGAAAGUAGAGACCGACGGAGAAAGCGACUCUCCCGACGCGAAUGAAAUCACACUGAAGACGAAAUUGUUGGACGACGGCGCGGUCAUAAAUAUAAGUGAGAAAACAAGUAACGGACUAUUGAAAUCAACAUUCGAUGAUUUGUUAUCGUUAUUGCAUGAUUUGAACAAACAUUUGAACAGAUUUUGGAACACAUUCACUUUAUUGGAG